UCUAACCACUGAGCUAUGGAGCCCGUUGAGUUCCAUUGAAAACAGCUGUUCAUUUUAUACGCAACCGACAACGUAGACGUAAACGCUUUAUCUACCAGGUUCACUUUGGCCACACUGACGACCUACCGACCGAUCUCCACUUCACUUCACUUCCGCGCUGCCUUGGCGGUAACAUGGCCGUUUUCUCCGUCCUGUUGGGCUGGACGGCCCCGGCGGUUCUACUCGUUCUGCUUUUGAUCGCGUUUCUCUCUUACUGCGUGUACCUCAAAUACACUCACAUGAAGUACGACCACAUACCCGGGCCGCCGAGAGACAAUUUUUUCUUCGGACAUACACCGGCGCUUCUGAGUGUCAUGAACGGUGACGGAGUUAUCCACGAUAAGUUCCUGGAGUGGUCAGAGAGGUACGGGCCUGUUUACAGGAUCAAUAUUCUUCAUAUCGUUACACUCGGUGUCUCCUGUCCAGAAGCAACCAAGGAAAUCCUCAUGUCCCCCAAGUACCCCAAAGAUAGGAUAGUCUACAAGAAACUCUUCAACCUGUUUGGUCAAAGGUUCUUUGGCAACGGCAUGUUAGUAGCACAGCACCAUGAGCAGUGGUAUAAACAGCGGCGGAUCAUGGACCCUGCGUUCAGCAGCUUGUAUCUGCGAGGUCUAAUGGGCACCUUCGAUGAGAGGGCAGAGAAACUGAUGAAUAGCUUCACGGAUGCUGCUGACAGUAACACUGAGGCCAACAUGCUUGCCCUGUUCAACUGUGUUACUCUGGACGUUAUUGCUAAGAUUGGUUUCGGUGUGGACUUGGAGCUGCUGCAUAAUACUUCACCCUUCCCUAAAUCCAUCGAGACAUGUCUAAAAGGGAUGAUUCACAAUCUCCGAGACACCUUUUUUGAGUUUAAUCCAAAGAACAGAUCGUUCAUUAAGGACGUGAGGGAAGCGUGCCGCCUACUGCGUACAACCGGAGCUCGGUGGUUAAAUGAAAGAAAGAACGCGAUUAAAAGGGGCGAUGACAUCCCCAGGGACAUCCUCACGCACAUCCUCAAAGCUACUGGCAAAGAGGAGAGCACUACUAAAGAAGAGGAGGAGACCAUGUUGGACAAUUUUGUGACGUUCUUCAUCGCUGGCCAAGAAACAACAGCUAAUCAACUCGCUUUUUGCGUCAUGGAGCUGGCAAGACAUCCGGAUAUAUUGGAGAAGGUGAGGAAGGAGGUGGAUGAUGUCAUUGGGAUGAGACAGGACAUACACUAUGAUAACCUGGGGAACCUGACCUACCUCUCACAGGUGCUGAAGGAGACUCUGAGGAUCUAUCCGCCAGCUCCAGGCACAUCUCGUGAUGUACUUGAAGACAUGGUCAUCAACGGCAUCCACAUACCUGGAGGAUUCAACUGUAUAGUGAGUCAUUCACUUUUGAAUGUCUGGAAUGCACCUGCAAAUCAGAAAUUCAGUACCUAUGUGACUGGGAGAAUGGAGAAAUUCUUCAAGGACCCACUGAAAUUUGAUCCAGACAGAUUUCACCCAGAUGCCCCUAAGCCUUAUUACUGCUACUACCCUUUUGCCCUUGGUCCACGCGCAUGUCUUGGCCAGAACUUUGCUCAGAUGGAGGCUAAAGUGGUGAUGGCCAAGCUGAUCCAGAGGUUUGAUUUCACCCUUGUCCCUGGAGAGACCUUUGACAUAUUGGACACUGGCUCACUUAGACCAAAGAGCGGAGUGGUGUGCUCUAUCAGACACAGGAAUUACAACGAGAAGAAUGACCACACAGCAACAUAAGAAGAAAACACAAUAGUCUUUGGGCAGAAAUUAGGUUGUUGGGUUGCUCAGGUAAUAGUUUUCUAACUUUUGAAUGCUGUCAGAUUGUUUUAUUACUUUCUGAAUGAUGAAAAGGUUGUAAUGAUCAUGAUUAUUGUUAUUUCCAAACAGUAAUGGGGAUAUGGGGAAACAAAUAGGGUUACAGGGCUACAGUAUAAUUUGUACGGUGCUGGUAAAGUGGGAGAUUUGUACAAGGUAAAAGGGAUUUUAAAUAAGGAAGGCUAUCACUCCAUUUUGCAACGUCAUGCCAUACCCUGUGGACAGCGCUUGAUUGGAGCCAAUUUCCUCCUACA